AUGGCGGCUGGACACCUUCGUCACAUCAGCUCGGACUUGGCAGACUUUACUGCCAUCAAGUCUGAGUAUGACGAGCUAAAGUGGAAGGUACUGAGCCUUGAAAAAGAGAAGUAUAAGUUCAAGGAGUGUUAUGAUUUGCUGGAUGGGGAGAAGGCAUUUAUGGAAGAUCAUGUACAUGAGAAGCUGGAUAUAGAGGGGUCAAAGAGGAAAGUCCAAGUAGAAUAUAUGGCAUGGCUCCUCAAUAAGGUGGUCGUCAGUGUUGUAGACCAAAUAGAUGAGAAUCAUGAGUUCUCACUUGGGGUCAGGCGGAUGAAGGCGGCCUGUAUGGCCGCCGAUGUGGAGGGUGGAAAACAAGUUAUGCAGGAGCAAGUUUCUAUUGAGAAGUUUAACCCCAGGGAGCUAAGAAUUAUUGUGGAGAACAUCCAGGUGAUGCAUGCCUCUAUGAAGGCCUUCAUGGAGACGCGCUUUGCCUACUACCUUCGUCUUGGCGUGCUCCAUAUGGAAGGCAUCCGUCGAUUAUGCAUCGAUUCUGACACUGAAGACAACCAACCCAAAGGUAGCUCCUCUAAAUUCAGGCCCUCCUCCAGUCCUCUUGGUAAGUGA